AAGCGUUAUUACUGUGAUUACUGUGAUAAAUCUUUUGCUGAUAAUCCAACCAAUCGGAAGAACCAUUUGAGUGGCGUGCAGCACAAGAUUGCAAAGCAAAAUCAUUACGACCAAUUUAAAGAUCCGAAAAUAAUUUUAAUGGAAAAUUUUUCAAAGAAACCGUGCCAUAAAUUUCAACAAGAUGGUGUAUGUAGAUUUGGUGAAGUCUGUAAAUAUUCACAUUUGACAUCAAAUGACAUAGAAUAUCUU